AUGCCUCAGCAAGGCCUCGACGAUUUCCAGGUUGAUUGGGAACCAUCCCACAAGCAAACGUUCACGACAUCGACAAGCGCACGACAAGCAAUACCAUCCUCUCCCAUCAAGCACUUCUUCCAAUGGACCGAAAUCGAUGCACAAGGCAAGGUAAAGCCAAUUGGGGCUCGGUUCUGGCAUCUCUUCUCCCGCGACAUCAGUCUCCCAGAUGACCAGGAAUGGAGCUUCGAGCGACCUCUCGGCAAGGGCUCAUACGGUGCUGCGGCAUUGUUCGUUAAAGUCGACGAAACCCAGAAAGUCGUCGAUGAAUUCGCAUUGAAGGUCGCCGACCUCAACCCAAACUCCCUGGUGCAUAAAGCGAAAGUCGACCUCACGCAUGAGGCGGCGAUUAUGGCACAAACCAACGACUGGAAGACAGACAGCAUCGUGCGACUACGCCAGUUCAACGUCAGUGGCGACUACGCUCGCUAUUACUUCGAAUUUUGCCGGUAUGAAACCCUCGAGACGCUGCGGCUGAAGUACAAGGCUUGGAACACGUAUCUCCCCGAGUUAUUCCUCUGGCACGUAUUCUCCUCCCUAGCAGAAGGCUGUGCAAGAUUUGGGUCCGGACCAUUCAAGAACCUCGCAUCAAGUCGUUUUGGACAAAGUAUGCCUGACGGAUACCUUUUGCACAAUGACAUCAAGACGGAAAACAUCCUUCUAGGUUCUAAUAUGACCAAGGACAGCCAACGCAAAUGGUAUCCCAUUCCCAAGUUCGCGGACUUCGGCCUAUCCAUCAUCACCGCUCCCAACGAGGCAUUGCGGAAUCAAGCGCGUUUUCUGCAGGUCGGAAGUAGAGCGUGGUAUCCACCUGAACAACGCACCUCCUUCAUGCAAGACUACCGAAAAUACUACUUCCACCAACCCGGCACGAGCAGCACCAUACAGCGCGAUCAGCACAAGAUCCUCGCACAAGCCAAUCUCUGGGCUGUUGGCGCGGUAAUGUACUCGAUGAUAACGAUGAACGAGAUUGACGACCUUAGCGAGCGCGUCAACGAUCUCCUGAUGGGUACGCCUUUGGCGCGGCGCACAUUUGACGGCACGAACAUUAUCAAACGGUUCGAUCCGGGCGUGACGCGCCAGUAUAGUCCGGAACUACUGAGUCUUGUCCAGGCUUGCUUGAGAAUACGUCCUCAAGAUCGACCAAGCCCACAGACCUUACGUAGGGAUGCCGAGCGGGGUCUGUCUCAGUGCCAGGACCGUGAGACCGCUCAGCUGGGCACGGAGGGUCGGCGAGAGCGCCUCAUCGUUGCGUGUGGGCCAGGCGAGAUGGGCAAUCUACCUGACGGAGGCGCAAACUUCGAAAAAGAUGAGACGUUCUGGCGCUCAUUCGCCGAGCAUUUGCUUUGGAUUCCGAAGGAUUGGGAUGUGCCGUGUCCGCCGAACCCCCCAGAGAGCUUGCCUGCGAAUCCAAACUGGCCGGACGCGCUGCGUGAGCGGGUACAGGAGAGAUGGGCGGCUGCCGUGCAGGAACAGAGAGAGCAGGCACCGACGACUUCUUCGCAGUAUACGCAUUCCCGAAAGCGGACCGCAUCGGCAGCGUUCGAAGAGAUUCGACCGCCAAGUGCAGCGGACGGACAAGAUGGACCGAGUCGAAAGCGGCAGCAGAUACGAAAUAAAUACCGGAGAGGCUAA